UUCAACUUUCGGAGACUAUCCAUCUAAAAUACCAAGAAGAAAUAUUGAACGGCCCCGACCUUAACUUGCAGGCAUGCUGAGCGUUUACGUCGGGCGCUAAAAUUACGAGCAGCUUGAUUCUUUUUGGGCAAAACAGGCAGAAAAAAACGUAAUAUCAUUUGCGCAGCAAGCGCAGCAAAAUAAGAAUGGUGGGUACAGCAGUAGUAGAAGGUCCUCCCGAGGUCACUCUGGAGACGUCCAUUGGCCCUGUCACGGUUGAGCUCUACAACAAGCACGCUCCCAAGACCUGCAGGAAUUUCGUGGAGCUUUCAAGGAGAGGAUACUACAACAAUGUCAAGUUUCACCGCAUAAUCAAGGAUUUCAUGGUGCAAGGCGGAGACCCAACUGGCACGGGAAGGGGCGGUGAAUCGAUAUAUGGCCCCAAAUUUGAAGAUGAGAUCACUCGUGAGCUAAAACAUACUGGAGCUGGUAUCUUAUCCAUGGCAAAUGCAGGUCCCAAUUCAAAUGGCAGCCAGUUCUUCAUUACACUAGCACCAACACCAUGGCUCGAUGGAAAACAUACAAUUUUUGGGAGGGUUUGCAGAGGCAUGGAAGUAGUCAAACGACUUGGAAAUGUUCAGACUGACAGGAAUGACCGGCCAAUUCAUGAUGUCAAAAUAUUACGGACGACAGUCACUGAUUAAUUCCAUAGCAAGAAAGUGGACGAUUUUUAUGAGUAGGAAGGACUACAUUUGACUAUGUAGCAUGAAACUACAAUAUUAUGACCUCACAAUUCCAAGUGUACUAUUUGGUGCAGUAUGCUGUGCUUUAUACUUCUCGGACUUUGAGAAAACAUGCCCUUCUUUUUAGGGUUGUGCUGAUAUAAAAAUAUGAAGAGCCUUAUUUAGACUGAAGUUUAUUAAUGUGCAGAUUCCAGUACCUUCUUUGAUUAA